GUCGCAUUCUUUUGUAUUUGUGAUAAUAAAAAACAAUUUCGUCAUAUAUAAUUAGUUUCAUCGUUACAAAAUGAAAAAUUUUCCAGUGUUCGUAUUUCCCGUCUCCCUUGAGUUUUAUUUAAAUGCAAGACAUACUCACAAGCAAUUAUUGACAGUGUAUAAUCCAUAUGAUUUUUCUGUAAAUUUUAAAGUACUAUGUACUUCGCCAAACAAGUUCACAGUGAUAGAUCCAGAGGGAGUGAUCGCUUCACAAAGUUGCAUAGACAUCGUGGUACGAUACACUCAACCAUCUGUUACGCAUUGUGACACAAUAGAGAAAUUCAGAAUAACUAUGUACGACAGAAACACCCAGCAGGCCCUGGGCAAAAGAGACAUUCCUACAAAGCUAAUUGAAGGGGAACCAUUAAACACAAAUACAGAAAGCUUAGGUGAUAAUUUCCAUCCGCUGGCAGUUAGAGCAGCUCCCGUUAGACCUGUGGAGGAACAGUUAAGGGUGACUUGUCAUCAUCCUUCACAUCACAGAGAACAGCAGCAAAUCAAUGUGGUAGCUGUCGCAGUGAGCAUAUGUUGUAUAGUAGCGCUACUCUUGCCAACACAACCUGAACAGCAAACCAAGUCACAAUGGCCGGAGUGGCUUCACAUUGGUUCAAACCUCAAACUCGUAUUCUCCUUUGUACUCGGACUAGUAAGCAUGCUUGUUUUGAGACCUUAGAAAUGAAUACCACCACCAAAUUGUGAGUAAAAUAUCAGUGGAUGCAUGUGAAUUGGCAGUGAGGUCUGUGGGUUAAAGUCCAAAUUAAUGAUUUGGAAAAGAGAAUGGAUCAUGUGAAGGAACAUGUGAAUGUUUGUGGUGAGUGAGAUGAUUGAAGAAAGAUCAGAAUGAAAGACAAAACAUGCAACAUGCUGUGCCAAUUUGUAAUGGCAUAAGGCAUGCAGAAUGGUGGUAAAUUAGGGAGGUACAAUGAACU